UCAUUUCUGUGUAUUUACAGAUUACACAAAUUUUCCCAUUUGAAAUUUUCUGGCGGGAUAUGUAUUAUUUUUGUUAAUAUUUUAGUGAUAUGGAAAAUACUCUGGAACACCUUUCAAAAAAUAUUGUAGAUAAAUUAGAACGCCUCAAAUGCCCAAUAUGCCUUGAUAUUAUUGAAAAUGUGCGAGAGCUACCUUGUAGGCAUAUAUUUUGUUUCAAAUGCUUGGAAAUAUAUAAGAAAGGGAACGAUGUUCUCAUUUGUCCCCUAUGCAAAAAAGAAAUAUCUAAAAGAAAAUUCUUAAGUCAUGAUGCUGCUCUUGAUUCUUUGUGUAGUUUCGUUAAAACCUUAUGUGAUGAUAUUAAAGUACAUCAUAAAAUAGAUGUCAAAACCUUUUUCAGUAAUAUGAAAAAAGAAACUAUGCUAAACAAGCUUGAAAAACGAAAUGGAUCAGAUGAUAUUAUUGCCCAAUUUUCAGAUGAUAAUAUAAUUCCAUGUACUUCCAAACCAAAGGAUAUAAAAAAAUUGAAGAAACAAAUUUCUCAUGCAACUAAAAAGAGCACUAAAAUUGGAUCACUAAAACCACUGAAUCUCAAUAUAAAGAAAAAUUCAGAUAAUAAGGAGAAUAAAAAAACUUUACCUAAAAUUGGUUUAUCCCGUAAACAAAACAAACUAAAAUCAGAUUCCAAAAGCAAUUUAGUACAGUUACAAACAAAAAUUCUACCUCAACAUAACCAGAGAUCAGGUAAACCCUGUUCAGAUAAGAAUAAAAUUUUGCAAUGGUUACAGGACACAAGAAAUAAAUUUGAGAGAUUCAGUCAAACUCAAUCUUAUGAAACCCAGAGUAAUACACCGCAAGAUGUAGAUAUGCCAUCUGUUUCCCAAAUUUAUGUUGAGAAGAAUAAAAAGAACAGAUCUGAGAGAGUUAUAGAGAAUCAAGUUGAGUUGAAUAUAGAUCAACGCUUACGAGAUAAAAAAGCUCAAUCUGUUGAAAAUUUGGCAUUUAAAAGUAAGCAAUUGAGGAGGCAUUCAUUAGAAUGCUCUUCUCCGAUAAAAAUGAAGCAGUAUAAUAAUUUACAAGAAAUUAAUCACAUAGAGAACCAACUCAUAAUCAAUAUUAUGGAAGAUGAAGUUUUAGAUGUGAUAGAUAAAGAAUUAUCAGGUGAAAAUAGCAAAAGAAAAAUGCUAGUCACCUCCAACAAAAAGGAACCAACCAAAAAAUUGGUUAUAGAUGUAGAAGAUGAAUUUUUGGAUCAGUUAGAUAAUGAAAUGAUGGAAAUUUGUGAUGAAAAAAAAGCAGGCAGUUCAAAGAAAACUACUUUAAAUACAACUGAAAUUUGUAAUGAAAACAAAUCAAAAUCAUCGUGGAAAAGUAUAAAGAAAUUUAAAAAGACAAUAGGUAAGACAAAAGUACCUAAGAAAUUAGACAUAAGUCUUCAAUCCACCCAGAAAUGCAAUAAAAAAGACUUAGAAACUACUUUGAACACAAGUGAUCCGUCUAAAUCUACUAAUCCUACUGUUAUGGAGAAUAGAACUGUUGAUUUUCAGAAAAUGGAGGAGUAUUUUAGCAAGGCUAUUCCCAAAAUGAUAGAGACAAAUAUCGGGGAAACAUCUUCUCAAGAGAUACUCAGUGCAUCAAAUGAAGCUCAAGAAAAGGACAAUAACUCAGAUAUUUACAUAUAUCAAACACAACCCUUAUCGACAGAUGAAAUCAGUCCAAAAAUCGAUAAAAUAAGUUAUGCUAAUGAGCUAAUUAAAAAAUUGGAGAAGGUUUUACUUCAAUUAACAGAAGAGGAUAAUGUUGAAACAAAGGAAUUAAUUUCUCUUCUACCUUCUGUUGAAGGUGUUUUCAAAAUAUUUGAUAAAUUCAAGGAAGGAUCACUUAUAUCCCAAAAACCAGUUGGAGAGGAAAAUCAAACAAGUUUUGUUGAGAAAGAAAUCCAAACUGAUUUGCUUUCCUUGGACGUUUUACCUUUAACUCCAAAUGCUGCAUUUAAAACAUUGGUACAUGAAGAUGCUGCAAUACAAACAGAUAAAAUCUGCUCGGACUGCCCCCAUUUUUGUUCCAUCAAAAACAUCACUGAUGCUCAUACAUCUCAACGUAUAUUGAGGAAUGAUAUUGAAAUUGUUGAAGAAGAAGAACAAGAAAAAAGCCAAUCUAAAAAAGGGGCACUAGAUCCAUUAGACAUUGAAUUAGAGCAAGAAUACAUAUCUCCUAAAUUACAAACAGAAAAAAUAAAAUCGCAAAUCAGUUCAUCUAAAGUCGAAAUUAUAGUAGAUGUGAACCUCGAUGUGAACUUACCUUCAUUCAAUAACCAAACCUCUCCGAAGGCAAAUGUCGCUAAUAAAAUUAAUACAUGUCUUCUCGAUAGCGAGAUUCCUGUUGAUCAAAUUUUAGAGCAAUGUAGUACGCAAUAUGAUGUUUCUUCUGAAAAAAAUGUAGAAGAGGCCAUGAUGAAAAAAUCUCCUAAUAUAUUGGAAUUAGAAGGAAAUGUUUCAAGAAUUAAGGACAACAUGGAUAAAAGUAAAUUGCAGUCAAGACCAUCGAUGACCCUUGGCUCAAGUCAAGGAUCUGCCCUUAUGUGUAGUGUCCCUCAAUCGAACUCUAGGGUGAAUCGCAAACUUAUGUUUGAAAAGGCUAUGCGGGAAAGAAGAGAAUUGGAUCAAACUCUCAAGAGAGUGAGAACAAGAGACUCGAUAUCUGAUUCUGAUGAAGAGAGGCCAUAUAAAAUGAAAUGUAACAGAUUCAUACAAAAUGAUUUUAGUAUUGAAUUUGAGUCUGAAAGUUUGAAUGAUAACAGCCUACAUUCAAAGAAUUUGGAUGCCGAAAUGGAUGUGCUUGAGGAAGAAGUUUUUCCUGGACCAAUAAAUAAAUUCACACAUUCUCAAAACACCCGAAAAGAAAAUGUAAAAACCAACAACAGCAAUCAACAACCAGAACCUGAUACACUUCUGAAUUAUUGUGACGAACUCAUCGAAAAAGCUAACAGACAUAUUUCUGCUGAGAAUGAGUUGCCAAAUCAUGAUGCCGAUAUUAAUGUAUCCCAAAUUAUAUCAGAAAGUAAUGAAAAUAUUAGAAACACUGGGAGGUUCAAUCGAUCACUAACGAAGAUUAAUCUGUCUGAAAAAUCUCAAGCAGCGAGCGAAAAAAUGAAGACACAGGAUCUCUUAAAACACUAUGAUGAUUUGAUAGAUAAGGCAAACAGACAAAUAGACAUGGAAAAUAAUGUAGUCAUUGAUAAACAACCGAAUAUAAAAUACAAUUAUUCACAAAUACCAACAACUUCUAAACAUAUGGACGUCUUUGAGGAUGUAAGGGAAAAGGAAAAUUUAAUAAAAACUCAGGAUCUUCUAGAUCACUGCAAACACUAUGAUGAUUUAAUAGAUAAGGCAAACAGGCAAAUAGACAUGGAAAAUGUAGUCGCUAAUGAGCAACCAAAUAGAAAAAGGAAACACAAUGAUUCACAAGUCCCGACAACUUCUAAACAUAUGGAUAUUGUUGAAGAAGUUAGACAGAAGGAAAAUCUAAUAAAAACUCAGGAUCUUCUAGAUCACUGUAAUGCAUUAAUAGCGAAAACUACAAAAGAGAUAGCAAGAAAUGAAAUCACGACAUCAACUAAUGAAGAUCUGAUGAACAAAAUUCAAUUGGAGAAUGAUGAUGAAUUUUUUUGUCAGAAUUUUGAUCAGUUGGACAGUGUUUUAGAAAAAGUGAAUCAUAGGGUUGAAGAUUCUAAAAACAAACUUUCAGAAUCUUUAUUCGAAUCAUGCAAAGAAAAUAAUACAUAUAGGACUCCAGUUGCAGAAAAUAAGUCAAUGGUUGAAACGGAAAAUAUAUUCAGCACACCCAGAGGAAGGAAAUCUGUUGGUGAAGAUGAAAAAAGGAAAAAAGCUAAAAAUUUAACAUUGGAAAUGAAGAAAGUAGAUGGUUUCAACAGUUCAGAUGAUGAGAUUUUUUCAGAUGUAGAUGUGGUAGAAACAACUCCUCAAAAAACAGUUAGUUUCUUGGAAAGGCUAAGUUGCUCUCAAGCUGUUAACCAGAAUGCUAGGGCAUCAUUUAAAAUUCAAGAAAACAGUGAAGGUUUUCCUGAAAGUAUGAAUAUUGUACCACCACCCCCUGGAUUUGAUGAUAUAGAAGAAAUAGCAGAGAAAGUUGAUUCUGAACAAAUAAUCUCUAGUAAUGACAGAGAAUCAGAAAACGUGAUUCCAGCUUCACUAUCCCCACAAAAUUAUGAAAAAAGACCAAUAAAGAAGCCAUUAGCUGCAGCUAACACGAAUAACAAACAUUUUGUAGCGCCUCAAGAGGUGAUGACCACUUUAUCUCAACAGUUUAUGAAGGUUUCUCCCAUAUGUAAAGAGAAAUCCAAAAAUCUGAAUGUCAUAGAAAUGGUACGACAGUCAAAAUUUUCGCCUCUAACGAUUUUGCCCAAAUCCAGUACGCCAGUCUUGACUAGUACACCGAAGCAAAAAAGUAUUUUGAGCUAUGUGAAACCUAAGCUGAAGUCCUCACAGGAAGCAAGCACUCCACCACAAGAAAGGCCUAAACCCUGCAUUGCAUUUACCAGGCUGAGUAAUGCUGAAACAUCAUGUGUAAUUUCCUUGUGCAAUAAAGGAUUAGCUACACGCAAAGAUAAGUUUGGAACUGAUGUAACUCACAUGAUUGUUUCCGUGGACAAGCAUAAUAAUGUCAAAGAUCAUACAAUUAAAUUCAUAUCUGCUAUUGCUGCUGGAAAAUGGGUACUAAAUAUUAAAUGGGUACAGGAAUGUUUGACAAAAAAUCAUAUUGUAGAUGAGGAGCCAUUUGAAGUAUUUGAUAUAACAGGAAUACCAAGUCCAAGAAUUUCAAGGCUCACCCGUCUCACUAAUCCAUUGCUCAAAGGAUUCAAGUUUUUUAUUCCAAGAUCAUUUUCUCAGACAAGUGCUGAAGAUGUUAAGAACAUCAUUCAGUUGCUACAAGGUGUUAUUGUUUCUUCUAUUGAAGAAUUGAAGGACGAGAAAGAAUAUAUAUGUAUCAUAAUAUGUGAACUAGUGGAUACAGAAGACUAUACACAGUAUGAAAAUUGGUUGCAGUCUUACAGAAUAAUAACAGUUGACAUUAACUGGUUAAGUCUUUCUGUGAGUCGAUAUAAAAUAUUGAGCCUCCGACCACACCUUCUUUGUUCAGAUGACUCAAUCGAUGAAUUAGGUUAUCCAUCGAAUUUAGUUGUAGAUGUAGCACCUAGUUUGACACAGGAUGCUACGUAUAAUUAAAAUACAUUUUGUUUAUUGUAAAGUCAAAAAUAUUCACAAACCUAUUGUUAAUUAUUUUUUUGUCGUUAAUUGUAGUGCAUUACGUGAUCAUCUGUUAAACUAUCACUUUCUUCAGAGAAAUUUAUUACUAAUGUUGUAAAUAAAGAAGGAAAACUAAAUUUAUUCUUGAUAGAAACAUUAUGUUUCAACUUAAUAUACCAGAUGUUUGAUUCAUGUUAUUUAAAUCAUUUUAUAGAUUGUUAUAUGUAUAUUUUUCUAAGUGGUUUAUUUACUUGUUAAUUUCAUAAAAUGCUUAUUUU